AUGGCUUCGCAGUUCAUCGGCUGCACCGUGCUGGUGACCCUCAAGUCUCCGCCAAACUGCCAGGUCGAAGGCGAGGUCAUUGAUGUCGUGGGGACUAGGCUCAGCUUGCAAAACGCACAACUCUUGUGGAAUGGCCAGCAGUUCCCGUUGUAUCAUAUCGACGGUUCAAGGAUCGCAGACCUAGAGAUAUCCGGUCACCCAACGCCCCAAGCCUCCUCGCACCUUAGAAAUGGGCACCUCGAAAACAGCGGGUAUUUCCCCACGCGGAAUGACCAGCAAGAACAUGUCUCGGCUGCGGCUCAUCGCGAACCUGUGUCCCACGGCGCGGAACCUCGAUCUUUUGUAGAUCCGGCGAUCCUAAGCUUCAAGCGGCCGCUCAGACAGGGUGGGCACCAGGAUGCACCCAACGAGGUAGAGUCGUCUACCAUUACGUCACACCCGAUUUCUACUUCUCCUGUAAUGCUAGGGGGCUCGGAAGUACCUACUUCGGUGCAUUCCACUCAGAUAGGGCACCACACCCGUCUCCCGGCAACAUUGAAUGCGCCCUUUAGCGACCUAGAGCUGAAUAAGCAGGAAAUACUGUCCUCUAAAACGAACAAUAUCAUUGAGGAACAGAGGCUGGAGCAACAAUCUAUACCCGGUGCUGGCUCGGCCACGACCCAACUUAAAAAUACAGGAAAGCGGGGCAAGAGAGGUGGUAGAGGGAAGCUUGAGAGAGAUACUGGGGAAACUACCGAUAUGACUGCCACCGAAUCACAUGUCUCUGGGAAGAAAGGCAAGGGGUGGAGACAGACUGCUUUUAUAGAACCGAUAGAUGCAUCGCCCACCGCUAAUAAACCCAAAUCUAGAGCAUCUAGGAAGGUGAGAGCUCAUAAGGAAGACCUGAACGGGUGGGCAACCGAAGAUGCAACCGAUAUUCAAGAGUUGGGUGACUUUGACUUCCAGAGCAACUUGUCCAAAUUUGACAAGCGAAGAGUGUUUGAUGAAAUACGGAACGAUGACACGACUCCCCUUGAAGAUCGCCUGGCAUCCUUUAACAGACGCCCUAAGCCCGGCACGAAUGGAGGGAAAAACCUUCAUUAUACGGAAAACGUCUUGGAGACAACACCACAGCCCGCAGGCGCCCGAUGGAACAGCGAAGCGGGGGAAACGGACGAAGAUUACACAAUAGAUGGCAGGACGUCUAGUCGCAAUCGAUCCAUGCCCUCACGAAAGGGCAGCGGGGUCCUGGCAUCCACACCGUCGUCCGCUCAGUUUACCAUUCUCGGCCGUUCGCAUCUCUCAUCUACUCGUACCACGAGCCCACAACCCAUCAAAACGAUGAGACACUCUACAUCCUCAAUUACAGGGUCUUCCGGUUCUUCUGGUGGUGCACUACAUAUGAUAACCACAGGCAGGCAAUGCCCAAGCAUCAGUCCACUUCAAAUGGUAGAGAUUGAACAGUUAGCCAUAUCGGAGUUAGGUCUCACCGAGGACAUCAUUACAGAGAAUGCCGGCCGAGGUAUUGCUGAAGGCGCUAUUUCUCUUGCAACUGGACUACGUGCCUCUUCGAUCAUUCUAGUUUUUGUCGGGAACCAUAGAACUGGUGCGCGCACUGUUGCAUCAGCCCGACAUCUGCGCAAUCGUGGUUAUCGAGUUUCACUCUGCAUCCUUGGCAAUGAUCGUGAGAACGAGUUCACUGAUGGCUUUCAGAAACAAGUUGAUAUCUUCAAGAAGGCGGGCGGGCAUGUCAUGCGGUGGGAGGACCUUUCUACUAGGCUAUCAGCUGGUGAUUAUGUGCCAAAGCUUGUGGUUGACGCCCUUUUUGGUAUGCAUGUCGCAUUCGAGGAUUUGCGCACCGACGACCAAGCAACUGCCUUUGAGAUUAUUUCCUGGAUCAACCGAAGUAAUGUCGAUGUGCUAUCUGUCGAUAUCCCAUCUGGUCUGUCUGCAAUUACUGGGGAAGCGACGAUUUCGCAAGGAUCCCAACUCGCGGUAUCUUCCCAGUUCGUCAUCUGCCUAGGUGCGCCCAAAACAGGACUUGUGAACGCAUUACCUUCACGGGAAGGAGAAUCCUGGCAAAUUGCCGUUGCAGAUGUAGGCAUCAGCCCUGCAGCGUGGAGGAAGUACGGGACUCGCCGCCGCCAUGGUGUCGAGUUUGGAAGUGCAUGGGUUGUACCUCUACGAUUCCAGCUUCCAACCCCAUGA